CUCCGACCCAAUCUUCCCCACUCCUCGCCGCUCGGUGCCGGUGUCUCCUGAACCCUCCUUCCCCAAACCCCUACCUCCGGUGCCGCCGGCCCUUCCUCUCCAAAGGCAGGCGAAAAUUUCGCGCGGGUGAUCGGCAAAGGGAUGGCGGCGGCAGAGGGGGAGGCGAGCCGGCUCUUCCGCGUCCGGCGCACGGUGAUGCAGAUGCUGCGGGACCGCGGGUACCUGGUGCUGGACGCCGAUGUCGACAUGACCAUGGGCGAGUUCGUCGGGCGCUACGGCGACCCCGUGCGCCGCGACGACCUCGUCAUCAACCGCGCCAGGAAGGACAAGCCCGACGAGCAGAUCUACGUCUUCUUCCCGAACGAGCCCAAGCCCGGCAUGAAGACGGUCAAGAGCUACGCCGAGAAGAUGAAGCAGGAGAACGUCAACAAUGGCAUACUCGUGGUGCAGCAGGCGCUGACCGCCUUUGCCCGCAACGCGGUGCUCGGGUUAUCGCAGGAGAAGGAGAAAUUGAUGCUCGAGGUCUUCCAGGAAGGGGAGCUUCUUAUAAACAUUAAGAAUCACGAUCUGGUUCCCGAGCACGUGCUCCUCACAAAGGAGCAGAAGAAGACGCUGUUGGAGAAAUACACUGUGAAAGAAACUCAGCUCCCUCGGAUUCAAAUCACGGAUCCAAUAGCAAGAUACUAUGGCAUGAGGCGUGGACAAGUCGUGAAGAUCACCAGGCCCAGUGAAACUGCUGGAAAAUAUGUGACGUAUCGCUAUGUUGUCUGAGCUCAAGAGCUUAUCUGGUGCGCCGGGGCAAUUGGUGCUACCGGUGCACCGGACACCGGUUGCACACCGAAAAAUGUUUGAAAAAUUCCAAAAUAAAUAAAUAGUGCAUUGACACAACAAUGUUGUCAGAAAAUUUCAUAUCAAAAUUCGAAACAUUGCACUAGAUGCAAAAAAGGCAAAUUUGACAUCAGUGUGAUAAUUGGCCAAAUCUGAAGCCCAGCUUAUAUUAGGUUCACAUUGAUGUCAAAUUUUUAUCAUUUUUGUAUCUCGUGCAAUGUUUCGAAUUUUGAUAUGAAAUUUUCUGACAACAUUGAACGAUGUUGUGUCGAUGCACUAGUUUUUUGUCCGGAAAUUUUCAAACAUUUCUGGAUGUGCAACUGUGGUUCAUCUGAGUUCCACUACAUUCUCAAGGGUCGAGAUGUUCUGCAAGCACUGCCAAUUAAAAUGCUUCCUGUCCUCAGUAGUAGACACUUGUUUUCUCGAGGAACAGAAGUUACUUUCUGAACUGCCUUAGUGCCUUGUCUUUACAUCUGCUUGUCAGUUUGACAUGACUCUGUUAGCUAGCAUCUAGACAUAGAUUUCGGUAGUUCCGUUCUUUUUCAGCGCUGUUAAAUAACUCUUUGCUACCCGAAAUAGUCGGUCUGUUUCAGAGUUCACUUUAGUGCUCCUGUAUUUAGCCAAAUAUAUAAAUGGUAUGACCAUUUAAUCUGGUA